AUGGCAAGACCAUCAUUAAAAACUCAUAAAAACCCACUAAAGGUCAGACUUAUAAUAAACACUCAAGGAUCUGUAUUCUACAAAAUUGCUAAAUUUGUCAGUAAAGAACUUAAAUAUCUAACAACAUCAGCAAAAUCAUACAUAAAAGACACGGAGCAAUUUGUUAACAAAGUAAAAGAAAUUAAUUUGGACGAGAAUGAGAAGUUGGUGAGUUUUGAUAUUGCAGAUAUGUACCCUUCCCUACCAAAAUCUGAAGUCAUACAUGAAGUAGAAAGGAGAAUCAGAGAAGACACUUUUAAAACAAAUGUUAAUAAAGAAGCCUUAGUACGUCUCGUGAAAAUCUCAGUUGAAUUUAUGACCUUCAAAAUAGGAAACAAAUUCUACAACCAGGCGGAUGGUCUCUUCAUCGGAUCACCUGCGUCGCCAUGUUUUGCCGAAAUCUACAUUCAAAGAAUAGAAGAAAAUAGUAUCUACUCAAUGUUACACGCACCAAGAAUUUGGCUAAGAAAAGUAGACGAUACGUUCACUGUUACAAAACAUAAAACCGAGGACACCUUAAAUGAGCUGAAUAACAUUCAUUCAAAGGUAAAAUUCACAGCGGAGGAAGAAAAGGAUGACCAGAUCCCAUUUUUGGAUUGUUUAAUAAUGAGAAAAGAUGAUAAUACAGUGAAAACAAAAGUGUAUAAAAAACCUACGCAUACGGGACAAUACACUAAUUAUACGUCAAACCAACCUUUACACGUAAAAUUAUCGACAAUUAAAACUUUAACGAGAAGAGCAAAAACCAUUUGCACAGAAGAAGCAGACCUCAAAGAAGAAUUGAAUUAUAUACAAAAAACUAUGCAAUUAAAUGAGUUUCCCAAGAACAUCGUAACAAAAACGAUAAAAGAAACAUUAAACAAAGAAUGUAAUGGAAGAAACCAGACAGAUGACGACACGAAUUCAAUUCGAUUGUUUUUACCCUAUGAAAAAGGCAUCUCAGAACAAAUCGCCAGAGACAAUGAAUCAGGUGUUGUAUAUAAAGUAACGUGUGGAGAUUGUGGAAAAUAUUACAUAGGAGAAACAGGAAGGAAGUUGACAACACGAAUAAAAGAACACAAAAAUGGCGCAAAAAUAAAGAAAACGUCUCUGGAAUGUCCAAACACAUUAAAGAAACAAAACACGAAAUGA